AUGCCCACCAUGUGCUCCACAACAAGGUGAGACCAGGAGGGUGACUUGCGCUGCAUCUACCGCACUUUAUCUUCCCCACUCCCCACCUGAGCCCGGUGUCCAGACAGAGUCAAGAGGACCGGAAGCGGGGGAGGGGGCAGGUGGAUGACGUGACCAAGCCCGCACCUUGGCGCUCCAAUCCACACCCCCUGGUCCACACCACAAUUAACCAGGCUUUUAAACAGCAGCAGCAGCAGCAGCAGCAGCAGCAACAGCAGCAGCAGCAGCAGCAGCAGCAGCAGCAGCAGCAGCAGCAGCAGCAGCAGCAGCAGCAGUAG